AUGCCACAACAGGCGAAGAAACGUCUGCUAGUCCUCAAGCCCGAGCGGGUGCUCGGGCGCGAGGUCACACUCAGCCUGCCGGAUUCCCUGAGGGGCCUGCGGCUGCCGGCGCUCUUCACCAUCUCAGUGCCGGAGCCACCCCCACAGCUGGCCGCGGCCCUGCACAGCAGCGCCCCAACCUCCAUCCUUGCGGCCGCCCUGUCCGCGCUGUUGGCCGUGUACGCCGCAUGCCACCUGAUCGCGGCGCUGGCGCGUGCCAUUCCUGGCCGGCGCGGGGGCGCCGACCUCGGCCGCUUGCGCGCGGAGGCAGGCGCGCUGGACGAGCGCCGCGCCCUGGCGGCGGCUCUGCAGGAGGCUGAGGCUGACGUGCAGCGCACCCUCCAGGCCGCGGCCGCGCUGGACGGGGAGCUGUGCGCGGUGCAGCAGGUGGCGGCGCAGCGCGAGGCCCAGCUGGCCGAGGUGACGCGCCUGGCGCGGCGCCAGUCUGAGGGCGCCAACGCCGCCCUGGCCGACAGCCAGCGGCAGGUGGAGCGGCUGGAGGGCCUGGCCGUGGCGCUGAGGGAGAGCCUGGCGCCAGGCGCGGGCGGCGGCGGAGGGGUGGCGGACUUGAGCGAGGCGGCGCGGCACGAGCUGGCGCGGCGCUUCCAGGAGCUGAGGCGGCAGUUGGAGAGCGCGCAGUGGCACGUCCACACGGCUGAGUCGCGCGCGCACAACCUGGAGCGUCAGUUGUGUGCUCUGGUGGACAGCAACAGGCAGCUCGCCUGCUCCAUGCGCAACAUGCAGGCCGCAGCGGCACAGCAGGCGGUGAUCGCGCAGAAGGCAGCAGUCGCUGCCCAAAAGCAGCUGGCGUCCCUGGUCGCCCGCCCAUAUGGCGUGGAGCGGACUCGGCCGGUUUUGGCAGACAUCAGGCAACAGCUGGCGGCAGCGCGAAAGGGCGCCGCUGCCGCUCUUGAGGAGGCCGCUGACAUGAGGGCGGGCCUGCAGCUGGCGCUGGCCGCGUUUGAACGCCAGCAGGCACAGCAGCGGGCGGAGCAGCAGACGCAGCAGCGACAUGCCGGAGCUCAGGAGGCAGCGGAGCGUCAGCGUAGCCAGGUGCGGGUGCAGCCGCAGACGCAGCGGCCGCCGACGCCGCCAACGCCACCGCCGUUGGUUCUGCCCCGGAGCCAGAAGGUGGGCGCGCCAGCAUCGGCAGCCCUCCCACAGCGGCAGCAGCAGCACAAGGAGAAGCAACUGAAGCAGCAAAGUCAGCAGGACAAGGAUAAGCAGUCGCUGCUGCCUCAUCAGCUGCGGCAGCAGCAGCAGCAGCAGCAGGAGAGGGAGCAGCUGCAGCAGCAACAAAAGCAGCAGGAGCAGCGGGAGCAGCAGGAUCAGCAGCACAAUGUGAAGCAAAUUCUGCUGCAGAAGCAACAACAGCAGCAGGAUAGGGAGCAGCUGCAGCAGCAACAAAAGCAGCAGGAGCAGCGGGAGCAGCAGGAGCAGCAGCACAACGCGAAGCAAAUUCUGCUGCAGAAGCAACAACAGCAGCAGGAGAGGGACCAGCUGCAGCAGCAACAAAAGCAGCAGGAGCAGCGGGAGCAGCAGGAGCAGCAGCACAACGCGAAGCAAAUUCUGCUGCAGAAGCAACAACAGCAGCAGGAGAGGGACCAGCUGCAACAGCAACAAAAGCAGCAGGAGCAGCGGGAGCAGCAGGAGCAGCAGCACAACGCAAAGCAAAUUCUGCUGCAGAAGCAACAACAGCAGCAGGAGAGGGAGCAGCUGCAGCAGCAACAAAAGCAGCAGGAGCGGCGGCAGCAGCAGGAGCAGCAGCAGCACAAUACAAAGCAGAUUCUGCUGCAGAAGCAACAACAGCAGCGGGAGGCCAAACAGCAGCAGCAGCAGCAGCGGCAGCAGCAGCAGCAGCAGCAGCAGCAGCAGCAGCAGCAGCGACAGCGAGAUCAGCAAGAUCAGCAGCACAAUGAAAACCAGGUUCUACAGCAAAAGCAACAGCAGCAGGAGGAGAAGAAGCAGCUGCAGCAGCAGCAGGAGCAGCAGAAGCAGCAGGAGCAGCGGCAGCAGGUGCAGCAGCAGCAGCAACAGCAGCAGCAGCAACAGCCUCAGCAGCAGCAGGUGAUUCCUGCUGACAAUGCAACUGUAGUGGCUCGGCCACUGUUGCAAGGCACCAAGGACCGUGCAGAGCAGCGGGGCCAGGAGCAGCAGCGUGAGCAGGCGGCGGCCCCACUCGCAGGGGCCCAAGGGCCAGGCACGACUGCGACCCGUGCACCCCAGGCUCUUGAGGUACCCGCACCGCAAGUCGUCAGCACAGCAGCAACGGCGGCAGAGUCGCCCACCAGUGGCACUGUUACACCUGCUGCGUCUGGCGAGGCUGCCGUGGACCAUGCGGCAGGAGCAGAUCGCGACGCGGCCAAGGCUCGCGCGAGGAUGGAGAGCAUGCGGCAGCAGUUGGCAACGCAGAGGGAAGCCAUGGAGAAGCUGAUGCGAGAGAAGGCGGUGGCCUUGGCGCGCCAGCGCGCGGACCAGCUGCGCGCCGACCAGGAGGCCGCUGACGAGCGCAACGCCAGAGUGGCAGAGCCCGCCACGCAGCAGCAGCCCGGUAGCCGCGUGUCCAACGGCCUGGUACCGCCCCGGAGGCCAUCCAGCGAGGUGGCGAUAGCGUUUGUGGGGCAGGCGCCUGCUGACAUGGCGACGCCGACAGCCGCUGCGGAGCCGGAGAGCUCCACCAAAGAACCUGAGGCAAGCGAUGAGGAUGAUUGUGGCAUUGGCAGCAGCGGCAGCAAUGGCACCGGUAGUGUGGGCAGCAGCGGGAGUGGGGGAGGCGGCGGCGGCGGCGGCGCCCUGACGCAAGGCGGCGGCGCUGCUGCGGCCUCCUCGCAGAAGGCGGGGGCCCGCGGCCUGUUUGGCGUGCCAGCAUCAACAAAUGAUGCAGGCAACGGCGGCGGCUUCGACGGCCCGCUGCCAUGGCUGAGCGCCGCGGUGAAUGCAGUGGCGACGGUGCAGGCCGUCCUGGAGCCGCUGGCGCAGAGCGCGCGCUCCGCCACGAUUGCUGUGGGAUCACGGGGUGAGGACGCGUGGUUUGUCAGCAGCGCCGGCUGCGGGGCGCUGGGCGUGGCGGACGGCGUUGGCGGCUGGGCGGCUGAGGGCGUGGACUCUGCGGCCUACGCCCUGAAGCUCAUGGAGCGCUGCGCCCACGCCCUGGACGGGCCCAACCCCUGCCACAGCGCGCUGGCCGCGCUCGAGUACGCACAGGUGAUGGCGACCACCAAGCUCCCCGGCAGCAGCACCGCGUGCGUGGCCCAGCUGCGGCGCUGCGGCACCCUGGAGGUCGUCAACUUGGGCGACAGUGGGCUGCGGCUGGUGCGCGCUGGGCGCGUGGAGUGGUCCACCUCUGUGCAGGAGCACGUCUGGAACUGCCCCUAUCAGCUGUCGCACCCGCGCAUCGUCCCCCAGACGGACACAGUCGAAGAUGCCGCGGUGGCGCGGGUGGAUGUGAUGCCUGGUGACAUCAUCGUGCUGGGCACUGACGGCCUGUUUGACAACAUGUGGGAGCACGAGCUGCUGGAGGUGGUGGAGCAGGCGCAGGGGGCCGCCAGCGUGGACGCGCGGCUGGGUCGCGGCGAGGGCGAGGCCGGCAGGGCGGCAGCGGUGCUGGCGCGGCGUUUGGCCGCCGCAGCUGCGCGCAACGCUGCGGAUCCCUGGUACCGGGGGCCUUGGGCUGAGGAGCUGCAGGUGCACGGCAAGACUUCUGGCCUGCAGAUGCUGUUUGGGGCGCGUGGCGGGAAGACUGACGAUAUCACAGCCGUCGUGGCUAUUGUGGCCGGGCCGCCUGACCUUCCAAGGGGCUCGCGCUGA